GGACACCGCCCCACCACAUCAUCGCCUUCAUCAUCAUCCUCAAUCCCCCUCUCCCCGUUUGUUUUUUUCUGUUAAUUUCCCCCAUUUUCGCCGCGAAACCCAACAGUCCGCCAGCUCUUCUUCUUCUUCAGUGGGUUCGGUUCUUGGCGGCGAGUAGGAGAAGAAAGGCCGGAGAUUGGACUCCGAUUCGCAAUUGGGUAGCUGGGUGUUUGGUGGCUUCGUGUUUGUUUGGGUGCAUAUUCUUGCGGGCUCUUUUUUUUUUUUUUUUCCGGGUGUGUGGUGUGGGUUUAGCCUUUUGAUUCUGAGCCGUUGAUCCUUUGGGAGGGGAAGUAUCAAAAGAGAAGAGGGCUUUUGUUUUGUUUUUACUCUUUGGUGGGUGUCUUAAAGUAUCCAACUUGGACUUCCACCUCACUCUCUCUUUCUCUGGCACGCCAUGAAAGCAGGCGAUUUCUAGAUAUUAUUACAAUAAUCAAGGUCAAGGUCAUCCAUAAGGAUUGAAGCUUGUGUACCACUUCACUUAAUCAAAUGGGAACAGGUGAAGAGAGCGGACCUGCUAAACCAUCUAAACCGGCAGCUACUUCUACUCAGGAAGUUCAAUCAACACCUGCAUAUCCAGAGUGGCCAGGUUCUAUGCAGGUUUAUUAUGGUGCUGGAGCCACUCCACCUUUUUUCUCAUCAACUGUUGCUUCUCCCCACCCCUAUGUAUACCAGCAUCCAUUUGUACCACAUUAUGGCACCCCAGUUCCAUAUCCAGCUCUAUAUCCUGCAGGGGGUGUGUAUCCUCACCCUAAUAUGGCCAUGGCACCAAACACAGUAGCACCAAGCGCGGAGAUGGAAGGAAAGGGAGCUAAUGGAAAGGAUCAGGCCUCUGCAAAGAAGGCAAAGGUAACACCAGUAAGCAAAGUUGCAGAGAGUGGAAAAGCAGCUUCAGGUUCAGGGGACGGCGGCUCCCAAAGUGGAGACAGUGGCAGCGAGGGCUCAUCAGAUGGUAGCGAUGACCAGCAGGAAUAUACAGCAAGUAAGAAGGGAAGCAGCUUCAAUCAGAUGCUGGCAGAUGCCACUGCACAAAACAACAAUGGUGCACCAAACCCCCAUGGUGCUGUGCCUGUUGCAUCUGUUCCGGCAACCAAUCUAAAUAUUGGGAUGGACUUAUGGAACGCCUCUCCUGCUGCUGCUGCCUUGGGAACUGCAAAAAUGAGGUCGAAUCCCCCUGGUGGUUCAUCGUCAAUGCCUGAGCAAUGGCUUCAGGAUGAGCGAGAAAUUAAAAGGCAGAAGAGAAAACAAUCUAACAGGGAGUCGGCUAGAAGAUCAAGAUUACGCAAGCAGGCUGAAUGUGAAGAGCUACAACAUAGGGUACAAAACCUGACCAAUGACAAUCACGCUCUUAAAAAUGAGUUACUGAGGCUUUCUGAGGAGUGCGAGAAACUGAAAUCUGAGAAUGAUUCCAUCAAGAAAAAAUUGAAGGACUCGUACGGGCAAGAAGCAGAAGAUCAGCUUGAGCAAAACAACCUGACCUCGCGAGGUGAUGAAGGGAAUAGUUGAGAGAUGACAUUAGGAGGCUACUUCUGAUAGAUAUAUAGAGCUGCCCUACCCAGUUGGUCUACUCGCAGUUACGAAGUAUUGACCACCUUAUUGAGCCAUAGGACAAUGAUUCUCUUCACUGAUCUAUACCCUAUUUACCCUUAACCCUUUUUAGUUGUAACAGUGUUUUCAACAAAUUUUUUUUAACACCCCCUUUAUAAGGACUGUAACUGAGCUGGAAUCCGUGCUCAUGAGACCUAUACGACUGCUUUGUUGUGCCAUUAUUAGUCAAGCAGGUCGUAACAAGGCCGUGUCUGGGGAUAUUUGUGUUUUACUACGUACAGUAGUCUGGUUAAUUUUUCCUCCAUUGAACAGAAGGAUAGCGAUUCUCGAAUCAAUGUG